AUUUGAGUUCGCGAAAAUGCAAAGAAAACGCAUCGUCAAAGUCGGUUUGGCUUUGGCGAGUGUUUCACUUGGUGUCUAUUACAAUAAGGAGAUCCGUGAUGGUUCUAUCGGCCUUUUACGUAUUGGACGGACAGCGGUUGCAGUAGGGGAAAUUAUGCUGGAUUACAAUCGAUCUUUGUAUUCCAAAACUGUUGAUGUUGCUUCACCAGAAUAUGCAAAAACCAGGAGUGAUGUUCAUUUGAGAUCUGCCCAACGAUUGCUCAAACUCUGUGAGAAAAAUGGAGGAGCAUUCAUUAAAGUAGGUCAACAUCUUGGCGCCCUGGACUACCUUCUUCCUUUUGAGUAUGUAAGCACAAUGAAAGUACUUCACAGCCAUGCACCCCAGUCCAAAUAUGAAGAUGUUUUAGAUGUAAUUAAACAAGACUUAAAGUGUGAACCAACAGAGGUUUUUCGAGUCAUAGAAAAGGUACCUCUAGGAACAGCUUCACUUGCUCAAGUUCAUAAAGCUGAAUUAAAUGAUGGCACUGUUGUUGCAGUCAAAGUACAGCAUCCGUUGGUUAAGGCUUACUCCGCAAUCGAUAUAACGUCUAUGGAGGUCUUGGUUAAUCUGGCUUCCUGGAUUUUCCCCGAUCUGAAACUGGAGUGGCUUGUUAGAGAAACCAAAAGAAAUUUACCUUGUGAAUUAAAUUUUAUAAUGGAAGGUGAAAAUGCCGAGAAAACUGCAAAGCUGAUGAAGCACUUACCGUGGCUCCAUAUACCAAGAGUCUAUUGGAAUCUUUCGACAACGCGGGUACUAACUAUGGAAUAUUGUGACGGCUUCGAAAUUGGCGCGUUAGGUCAUGGGAAAAAUCCUGAGUUUGAGCCGUUUAAAAAGGAAAUUUCCCAGAAAAUCACCCAGUUAUAUUCUGACAUGAUUUUCCUACAUGGAUAUGUCCAUUGUGAUCCGCAUCCUGGAAAUUUAAAAAUUGAACUUGAUAAGCAAGGGAAGCUUCAUAUUCAUUUGUUGGAUCACGGCCUUUACGCGCAAUUACCUGCGCAAUUUAGAGAAAAUUAUGCUAAACUUUGGAUGUCGAUUAUUCGAUCGAACGUUCACGAAAUAGAAGAGGUCUCCGAGAAGCUAGGCGUAAAAGGCUUUCACGGUAUCUUUGCGUGUAUGGUUUCUGGUCGAUCUUGGAAUGCGAUUUUAGGUGGAAUAGACAAACAAAAGAAAACCCUCGAAGAAGAGAAGGAAAUCAAAGAUGACGCCGCAAAAUAUUUGGCUGAAAUAAUGGAGGUACUUCACCGGGUACCCCGUGAAAUGCUUCUAGUUUUCAAAACUAACGACUUACUAAGAGGACUUAACAGCACGCUUGGCGUGAAAAACAACAUUGCGAGCUUUGUUACAAUGUCAAGAUCUUGCGCUAAUGCCCAUUACCUCAAAGAGUAUUCCAAUUGCAAGUCUUUUACAUGUAAAGUAUGUGUCACCGUGUCUCACUAUGUCACCCAUUUCAAGAUAACUGCCUAUGAACUUCUUUUAUGGUGGGCCUCUUGGUGGACAAACUAGCUAAUUAGACUUAUUACAAAAAGUAUUGAAUUGGAGGGCUAGGAACAAUUUUUUGUGCAAGAGCGUUUUUGUCUGUUUCAAUCGCUUCGAUUUUCUAGGAAAUAAUAAACAGUAAAUACGAUA